GAAUAAGAUAUUAUUGUGUAUCUCGAAUAGAAUUUUACUGUAUUAUUACAGUAGUAAAGAGAACAAGUAAUCUGCAUUGUUUGGGUCCUAUUGCAGUAUUGUAUAGAGACAUUAUUUUUUAUUAUCUCCAAUGGUUAUAAUGUCGAUCAAAGGGGAAACAAGUUCAGACGUUUUGCCAACUAAUGAAAAUGAGUCUUCCAAUGUUUCUGGAAAUUUUAUUGACACUUCACAGCAGUUGAACACUCCAAGUAAAAAGCGACACGUUAUAAAAUCAAAACACAUCAAAACGGCGAAAUUAGAUUGUGAUGUUAAAAAUAGUCCUCUUUCUAAAAGUAUUGGACUUAUUGAAAAAUUUAGAACACAAGGCAGAAAUAAAAAGAAGUCUACUUCGAAAGAAGCAUCGAGUCUUGCGGUUGACAACAUUUCACAAGAGAAAAGUUCAGAUUCCUCUGAUCUGCAGCUUACUGUUUCACACAAUAAAGAAGAUGCUAGUCCAAAAAAGAUUUCUAAACAAAAUACAAUCGAUAAAUCAGAAUUAUCUAUCAAUGCACUUGAAAAUGGAUCUGAAUCUUCAAAAAAUCUUUUUCCCUCUUCAUUGAUUCCUAGUGAGGGUGAGGAGAAAAAGGCCGUCAAAAUACAAAAGUCCACUCAAAAUACUACACGAAAGAAGAAAACCAAAAAUAGUUCUAAACCCUCUGUGAGAAGUCAUGUUCUGACUGAUUACUAUCCUGUAAGAAGAAGUUCCAGAAAGCCAAAGUCAUUAUUACAGAAAGAACAUGAAGAUGUUAUUAUUGAAGCUAUCAAAUCUAAUUGUGAAGAUGGAUUAGAAGUUGUAGAGUUUGAAUCUAAAGGAAGAGGUGUAAUUGCCAAAAAAGCAUUUAAGAAAGGCAAUUUUAUUGUUGAAUAUGCGGGAGAUUUAAUUGAUUGGAAUGAAGCAAAACAAAGAGAAGAUAAAUAUGCUAAAGAUGCCACAGUCGGAUGCUACAUGUAUUAUUUUAUAUUUGAUAACACAAAUUAUUGCGUUGAUGCCACUGUUGAAUCAGGUCGUCUCGGUCGGCUUUUGAAUCACAGUCGAAAAAAUCCAAACUGUAAAACAAAACUUGUAAGCAUGCCUGGAGUCAAAAGUAAUGCAGGUCCUCGAUUGGUGAUUGUAGCAAAACGGGAUAUAAAUGCAGGAGAAGAAUUAACUUAUGAUUAUGGUGACAGAGACAAAGAAACGUUACAGUCACAUCCAUGGUUGAAAGCAACUUGACUACUUCUUGUCUUCAAGGGAUGGACUGGAAUUUUCUUGAAAAUAUACAGAGAAUAAAUGAAUUCUUUUGUACACUUAGGCUUUGGUUGAAAUCAGAGAUGUCCAAAUAAAUAUUUGAAUUGAUUAAAAUUGAUUUUAUUUAGAAAUGAAUAAGAAUAGUUUUGUUUGCGCUUGAGGUUCUUGAACUUCUGUUUGUUUCAGAGAUCAAGUUACAAAUAUAUAGGGUGAUUUGCUCCGCAGUUGUCCUCUCUAGAAUAUCUUCCAAAUAACCUCCUUGGCAUUAGAGACAAACUUACAUUUGCCGCACAAAAUAUAAGGUUUAUUUUAAAAAAAGUUUGAAUACUGGCGAUAUUGUUUUUGGUUUACAACAUAUUUACCAAUGAGCUAUUAAUUAGGAUCAUUCAUAGCGUUUGAUAAGUUCUUGUUUCCAACAUAAUCAAUAAUGUAUAUUGUUCUUGAAAUAGCCAAAUGAAAUUUAUUAAAAACAUAGAAAUUGUUUGUUUGGUGAAUUUCGUUUUAAGAUCAGGCAUUAUGCUGCCAUUUGAGUGCGAGGAUGACAUUUAUUAUUUGAAUUUUAUUCUCUUAUCAAAUGUAUUGGUUAUUGCAUUCAGGAAAGUUAACAUAUGUUUAAUCAAUCAACUACUGCCAGAAUGAAUUACUCUUCAACUGCUCAGAAGUUUUUAUUUUUUCAAAUGCAUUCUGAACUGAUUUAUCUUGGUCUUCAUUUUUACUUGUUUUGGAAAUCUUAUUUGAAUAUCGCGCAAAUGGAUAAAUGGAAGCUCUUUAAUUCUGUAUCAAGAAUUGGGGUUGCGAAGUUUUCGAUGUGAAACUAUUUGAGUUUUGUAUUGUUACAAUGAUGUUAUGCUCAAUUCAUAAAAUUGACUGACUACAGUGAAAAAUAAUUACAGUUGUUAUUUAUGAAAAUUAGCAAAGCUGAGAUUUUACUUCAAUUUAUAUGUGGUGUAUAUUGAAUUGCAUUUAAUUUGAUUGAAACUUUUUCUAUGAAUUAGGACGGCACAUUACUCAUAGGAUUGUUGAUAAUCGGGUAGUUUGUUGCGUUGUCGAUAUAGUACCAUUACCCUUGACAUUUUUACACAAACUGCCUGUGUUUAUGUGGAUUUAAGUAAGGUGUGCCAACUAUUUAUUUGUUGGAUUUAACUUUUGUUUAACAUAUAUCGGCGUUUUUGUCAUAUUUCUGAGCUGUUGGCCAUUAGUGUUUUUGUUUGUUGUUUUGUUUUAUUUUCAAUUUUUUUUUCAACCUUCCAUAUGCUGCUUCGAGAAAUAUUGUGUGCUAAGUGAAGUUUUAUAACAAAUUUAAUAAGUCAACAUAAA